CAACAAUCGAAGAGGAAUGCUGGUUUAUUUACAUGGACUGUAAAUUGACGUGAAAUGAAUUGUAUGAUAAUCGAGGCUCGUCUUGGACUUUGCUCGACAUUCUUAAAUUCAAAUCCGGGAGGAAAUUCUUUAAAACCGCAAAGUUUCCCCCAUCUACCUAGACAGUUGAGAUUCACCCAGCUCAAAGCCUUAGCUCGUAUAUAUUUAUACCACGACCGCUAGAGUUAUGUUUGCUCAUCCGCGGUCUUUAUCUAAAUAACUACUCGCGUAUUUUGUAAACUACAGUUCACUUUGUUAGUUCCAAAACGAAGCCUUGACCUAGGAGAAAUUAAUCAAGAAGAAGAAAAAAAUCAGAAGAAAAAGUUAUCGGAUCCUUUAAACCUGAAUUUUUUCUUUCGUACAGUGAUAAACGUUAUACAGGCCGACCAGUGAUUCAGUGUUGACAUAACGUUGCUAUUGACAAGAAGGACCUUGUGUUGUCUUCGAUGCAUAUAUACAUAUAGUUUGUGUAAAUUACUUUCUUUUUUUUUUUUAACUCGAGGACUCUCAAAACAAAACAAUUCGUUCGACACGGAAGUAAAUGUGACAUGAUUAGUACCACCAAAAAAUGAAAGGACCGAUUAACAUCCUGGUACUGGGGAAGGAAGGUGUCGGCAAAACAGCAGUUGUGGUGCGUUUUUUGACCGGAAGAUACCUCAGCGAGUAUGCGUCCCCGGAAGAAGUGACGUAUGAACGAAACGUGUUGGUGGAUGAAAAGCAGGUGUCCAUAAAAAUAACGGACGUAGCAGGAAAGAAUCUUGACCGGAAGUCGACUACCAGAGACUGGCUACACAAGGUAGAUGGCGCAGUGAUCGUCUACUCAGUGACGGACCGGAACAGUUUUGACAUAGCGGAAGUCGUCAUGGACUGGCUAAAGAAAGAGAAGAAGCCAAACCAGGUCAUCCCCAUGGUUUUGGUUGGAAACAAAUGUGACCUCGAACACUCCAGGACUGUUCCAAAGCAACCCCAGGAUGGACAGGAAUGGCGGACGGACGGUUAUAUGGUGACAGAGUGCUCAGCCUCGGCCAACACAGAGAGCAUAAGGCGGGUGUUUCACGAGCUCAUCAGAAAGAUAAGUGAAAAAAAAGAUGCAACAACAAAAGGACAUCGCAAAUUAUCGCAUGCCCCCGUUGGUUCCCCGAAACUAAUUCGAGCAUCAUUAAGGAGGCGUUUUAGUGUGUUUACUCGCGAACGGACAUCAACAAUGUGAAAAAAUUAAAGUGCCCUGGAUUUCGUUUAAAGUCGGAUGAUUCAACCGGAAUCCCGCUGAAGAUUUCCGCAUAAGCAGUCUGCCACGAGAGAUGAUGGCGACAAUUUUACAUUCCAAAUUUCACAGGCAUUCAAGUACGCUCAAGUGCAAUUGUAACUUCAUGCUGAAAAGUUUUGCUGCUUGGAGCGGAUAGUUCUUGAUAUCCUCUGUGUUUUAAGCAGAAAUUAAAGGUCAUGAGAUUAGAGAUUUAUUUUCUUUAAAAUUUGGGUGGAGAAAUAUUGUCCUGAUAAAGUUUGUGUUACAGAGACACGGGGUAGUUACCUGUUCAAAUGAAUACUUAAAUAUGACCAUGGUUGUACAAAAGUUAUUUUCAAUUAUAAUUUAUGUGCACAUUAAAUAAAAAUUAAAUAUGUAUAUUUACAUAUAUGCAAUAUAAUAAAAUACCUUGAAUUUGGAAAAAAACACUUCCUGUCUUUUUCAA